AUCCACCACCGAUAUGUUGACUGUUCUUGAAGAUUGCCGAAUCUCUCCGCCGCCGGCUACCGUCGGCGAGAGGACACUGCCGCUUACUUUCUUCGACAUUAUGUGGCUGCUCCACUUUCCGAUUCACCAGCUUUUCUUUUAUGAAUUGCCACACCCUAAACCUCAUUUCAUCCAAACAAUUGUUCCCAUUAUUAGACACUCAUUAUCCAUCACUCUUCAACACUAUUUCCCAUUUGCAAGCAACUUAAUCGUGUUUACUGAUUCAAACCAUUCCAAUGUCCCAAAAAAACCCGAAAUUCGUCACGUUGAAGGCGAUUCGGUGGUGCUAAGGAUUGCCGAAAGUGGUCUUGAUUUCGACGAUCUUGUAGGAAACCACCCUCGAGCAUGUGACAAGUUUUAUCCUCUUGUACCUCCACUAGGUCGUGUCGCUAAAGUAUCCAACUUUUUGGCGAUCCCGUUAUUCGCAGUGCAAGUGACGUUUUUCGAGAACCGAGGUAUCUCGAUCGGGAUCACGAAUCACCACGUGCUUUGUGAUGCAAGCACCAAAUACGAUUUCUUGAAGGCGUGGACUUCGAUGGCUAGACAUGGUACAGAUGAGUUAUUAUUGGCUAAAGGGUGUUUGCCGUCUUAUGAUAGACCGAUCAAAUACCCUGACUCUUUAGACGAGAUUUUUAUGAAUCAGCGUGGGGUUGAAACUCUUAAUCAGGAGUUUCAACCUCCGGAGCUUGUUGACCUGCCUUCUAAAGUACGAGCCACGUUUAUCUUGACCAAAGAAAAAAUCAAUUUGUUCAAGAAAUGGGUUUUGGCAGAACUCCCGACGUUAGGAUACAUAUCAUCUUUUUCCGUAGCGUGUGCUUACAUAUGGAGUUGCAUCGCAAAAUCACGCACCGAAAUCCAUGAAAGAAAGAGUGAAGACGAGUUGGAACGUUUUGUUUGCCAAGCGAAUUUGAGGAGUCGUAUGGAUCCACCGGUUCCCGAAACCUAUUUCGGUAAUUGCGUAGGGCCUUGCACCGCGAUUACAAAGAGCAUGAUGUUAUCGGGCAACAAGGGAUUUCUUAUCGCUGUUGAAUCGUUAGGAAAGGCUAUAAGUGAAACAGUUAAGAAUAAGGAGGGAGUGCUAAAGAAAGCCGAAUUAUGCUAUGAAAUGUUAUUUAUAACACCGGAAAAGAUUUCGACCAAGAUUGGGGUUGCGGGAACUCCAAAGUUGAAGAUUUACGACGUCGAUUUCGGGUGGGGAAAGCCGAAAAAAUAUGAGACAAUAUCGAUAGAUUGCAAUGGCUCAAUUUCACUUAACGCUGGCAAGGAAUCGCCGGAAGAUUUUGAAAUCGGUUUGUCGCUUCCGGCUAAACAAAUGGACGCUUUUGUUACUAUCUUUAACAAUGGACUUGAUGAUUCGUUCUCUUUAAGCAACUAGUAAAUUAUCACAUCAUUACAUCUUACGUUCUCGAUUGUAAAAGAUCAAUUCUGAAAAAAGAAUUGGAUAUUUGGGAUCAAUAGUGCAAAAAAAUGUAAUUGGUGGACUAAAUUUGUAGGUUUUACAAUAGUUCAGGGGCUCUUUUUGUAAUUCAUUCUAAUUUGCUGAAUCUUCUAUCUCGGAGAAGGAAGAGUUGCCAUGACAGCCAUGUAUGAUCCUUGAGAACUCAAACGAUUAUUAACGACUUUCCAGUUACAACGCCUUAUUUUCUUGUUUCAAUGUUCCAUAAUAUUUUCGGAUCUGAAAUUAUCUUCAGCCGGUAAAGCUCACAAGGUAUGUUGGCCAUAUUCUGAAACCGGAGUUCUUCUCGGAAUACGCACAUUAAUGGAUACUUUUAUUUUGGAUCAAUGUUACGUGUUAUUAUUGUCUU